AUGAAUGCAUCCAAGGUGCAAUCCAACCACGACUCGGCUCGCAUUCAAGCAACAAUAGGAGCAAGUGCAAAAGCAAAGCAAGAGAUGGAGGCGGCUGGGUAUCGCUCCCGCGUCGUGGCUGAAGUCGACCCCCGCAGCGAAUGGGUUCACGGGGACGAGUUCGACACGCUCAUCGUCGACGUCUCAGGAUUCGCCAGGGACCAGCUCAAGGUCCAGGUAGAGCCGUUGGGGAGCCUCAAGAUCAGCGGCGAGCGCGCCCUCAACGGCGGCCGGCAGUGGUGUCACUUCCUGAAGCGGUUCGACCUCCCCGGCGCCUGCGACGCCGCGGCGAUCAAGGUCCAGCUCGACAAGGGAGUCCUCUACGUCCAGGUGCCCCGUUCCACCGACGACAGCCAAGAGGACGCGCUGCGAGAGGAGGACUGGAGCGGCGGCCACACGGCGGCGUGGCGUGCCGAUGAGCACCCGGCGCGGCGUCUGGCCAAGAGCCUGGGUGAGCACCGGUACGCCGUCUUGAACGUCGUGCUCGCCGUCGUGCUCCUCUGGCUCGUCGCGUUCGCCAACAGCAAGCAGAGCGGUGGGCAGAUCAAGAACGAAUGA